GGUGAUUCGAACGCGCAGGUUCCAGUUAAACAGAGCAACUCGAACGAUAGAUGAAGGCUUAACCUGACAGCCAAUGGAAAAGACAAAGUAUUCAGCAUCGUCACCUGCUUUCAAAUUAUGAAAAUCAUUUCUUGACACGAAAGAGUUUCAGGAGAUAAGGCACCUAAGGUCGUGAUGGAUUUUGGAGGUAAAUAUUGAAUGGAUCAUUCAUAUUCGGUUAACUUGAAUGCCGUAUUCCUGUAGAAUAUGAGAAAUCUACCUCGGAAAUUGCAUAUUUGUUUACAUUUAUGUUAUAAUUGUCAAAACGUUCUAAAUCCCCUUCUUAAGUAGAAACAGGAGAGCUUUACGGGUCCGUUAAUUUACUUGGACCUUCGAGAAACGGGCUCCAGGCCACGGUCAUUACGAUAAUAUCUUUCUAUAGCUGGACGUUAAAUUUAGAAAUUCUUCUAUAUUACUUUUGUAAUUGAAGUGUAUGCUAUGUAGCUGAUUUCGUUUUGGCAAUGGUUAAUUAAUGUUGUUGUUCUUGUGAAUCGAUCCAAACGUAGAGCCAAUCCCUUAGAUAACAAAGAAAUCAUAGCCUAAGUUUAGGAAGUGUCGAAAUCAUGAAUUAGAAGCAAAGAGUGCUGAUAUAAAGAGCGGAAGCCAGAUUCUCAAGUUGACCUCAGUGAUACAAAAUUUAACCAAACAAUCAAUUUUCUCCCUUAAUUUUUUCUCUCAAUAAAAAUAAUUUAUUUAGAGUGCAAUCUAAGAAGGAUGCUUAUCGUCGCGAGACACACCGACAUGUCAAAGCGAUGGCGCUUCUGAUGAAACCGAAACUUGUUUUUUUGCUUAAUAUCAUCACUUCUGGUCAGCUAAACACGUGCGCAAUGUCACACAAGGAACAAAUCCAACUUGAGUAUUUCCUUUAGUCUUAAAAGACCAUGUUCGCAAAUAAAUUUAUACUACCACCAAAACGCUAUCCGUCUGUGUAGAGCAAAAAAAAAUCUGCUUUAUGAAUUUCUGUUCUUAAAUCUAUCUUUUUUUCGAAGCUACACAGCUUAAUAUGACCGAACGUGCGCGAUUAAGACUCGCGCGUUUAGUGAUUUAAGGAAGUGAGAGCGAUGAAGGCCGUCGCACGCAAAGGAGGAGUCACGCAUGGGAGACUCGUUUUGAACAGGCGAUGUCGUUGAGCGUUUACAACGCAGAUCACUAUAUUUGUUCCCGCUUAAUUCUUUCAUUUAUAUAUUUAGUUCUUCUUGGUUUUUAAAGCUUAAAUUAUUUGGCUUCAACAGACUGGUAUCACUUACCAGUUUAUAAAUUCGUUAGCCAGGUACCGUUCAUUAUUUAUUGCCUGGGGAGGGGGGGGGAGGUCGGAGGAUUUUAAUUUUGUCAUUACAAAAUUUACCAGAUCCCCUAUGAGGCUCUAUGAUGCUCAUAUGAUCCUCUCAUAUGAUCCUCUCCCCCCCCUCCCCUCCCCCCACCUUCAUUUGCCGCUAAUUGUCAGUCAUUUUUCUAUGCAAUACUCUGUUACUGAACUCUAUUUCCUUGGGUAUUGUAAAUAGCAUCGACAACUGAUCAAAAAUAUCACCGAGCCGACGAGAGUUCCGAGUAGAGACAAGUGACCAAUUCCCUAGUGCACUAAAUAUUGCUUCCUGAAUAAUCAAACAGUACAAUGCAUCUUUGUUUUGUUUGAUUGUCUCUGUUUUUAUGCAAGACCUUGCCGAACAACUGUUAAAUAUACAUGGAAGCACUAAUCUUACGGCUGACUAGUCUUCAUUUUCAAACGUAAUUAGAAAUAAUCUUUCGCACGAAUCUAAGUGGCCCAUCACAUUCGGGGGGGAGGGAGGGCAUCAUUUACAACUCAUCCCAGUUUCCAUAAAAAAAAAGAUGCUGCUGUGUAACCCCUAAGUCUCUCCCCUUGGUCUCACUGAUAGUUAAUCCGAGCCCACUUUCAAAGUGUAAAGAUGCACUGGGGCAGUCAUGUGUCAAACUGCACUGACUGUUUUUUCUACUCUGUCUUCAAGCUAAUGAAUAAUAUAUUUUUCCUCAAUAGACCCAGUGACUCUGGCUCAGACAGCAUUCCUCGUUUCCGUCUCGGUGUUGACCGUGGCUUUGAAUUCUCUAGUGAUAAUGACAAUCUGGAAAGAUCCAUUCAAGCAGCUUAAAGGAACAGCAAACUAUCUCAUAUUAAAUCUGGCUGUUUGUGAUCUACUUAUGGGUUUUCCAACCGAGUUACUCUUUGCUAUUUUUCACUGGUUUCCUGGUAAUAAGAGUGUCAUCAAAGCAGGGUACAUCACGAUGUAUUUUGCUAUUUGUGCCUCAUUUCUUACAAUCCUGGGCCUCGCUGUUGAAAGACUUAUUGUCAUAUCAUCCGCUAAGAGUGACGAUAACUCGACAACGACGAGUUAUUGCACUGUAGGCAUUAUGUCCAUCUGGCUUUUCGCUGCGCUAACAGCCUCUCUUCCUAUGCUCGGAUGGGACUCAUUUGACAGUUAUAGGCUUUUUAUCGCUGAUGCUAUCGGAGUUCCUGUAUUGAUCCUGUUAUUUGCUUGUUACACACGGAUCUUUCUGCUGAUCAGAAAACAGCUGCAUCGAUAUUUUGCAACAGGCGAUCAAAGAAGAGAGCUCCAACCCUUAACACCAAAAAGUCAAAGAAUGGAAAGACUUAAAAGGAGGGAAAGAGGCGUAGCUCUCUCUGUAUUCAUCCUUACUGGCUUGGUUACCAUAUGUUGGAGUCCGCUUUUCAUUGUGGAAAACAUCAGACAGUGUUGUGAUCACGACGAUUGUAUUCCUAAAAAACUUGACGUAAUAUUCCAAAGCUUGAUAUUUGUGCAUCCGCUGGCCAAUCCUAUCGCUUACGCUCUGCGUACGGCGAAGUUUCGACGCGCACUCAAAAUAAUUUUCAGGCGUAGUGGUAACAAUUAAUCGUUUAGCCUGAACGACUAAUUGUUAUCGGGUUACCUUCUACGUUUGUCUUUUGUCGGACUCACUAUAUUUCCAAAGCCUUCAACGCGGAAAAUUCUGUUGUGUGUCUUCCAACUGCUGAAGGUUUGCCGACGUCAAUAUCGAUAUUCAGCUUACCAAAACUUUUCACACUGAUGCUUCCACGGUUUCGUAAGAUAGUUUUAUGUUUCCGGAGACCACCGUAAGAAACACAAACAUUUACGUAUUUAAUUGCAUUAAAACUGAAUUUUCAAACUCUUGAAAAUUUCUCCCGUAAAAUAGGUCGAUGGAACCUUUCACUAUAUUUCCUUAAGUACAAGGGAAUUUUAUGGCAAAAUACAAAAAAAAAUCGAUUUUUUGUGAGUGCCCAUUGACUCUCGAUAUCCUCAGAAAUACACUCUAAAGCCCCCAAGAGAUUUUAACUUAGCUCACCACUGACAAUAUAUCCCAGUUGUAUCCAAUCGCCUUGAAAUGAGCAAUCUUCCACAGUAGCUCUCUCUCAGCAUAGCUUCACAGAUAGUCGGUACGUCACUUUCGAUUAAAACAGCAACAACUACUACACGACUGAGUUCAUAAAUUAUAUACAUUUACAAAGUGUUCUCGAACAAUCCGGAAGCAUACAACUCAACUAUUUUUGUGGUGUUGCAUCAUAACUACAUAUAACCGAAUACAAUAUGUUUCCAUAGUAUGACAAUGGGCAGUCGUGUAACAUGUCAACAUGAAUAGGCUUUCUAGAAAUUUCCAGAAACUUAUUUUUACAGUCG